AUGUUUGAAAUCGAUAGGUCUUAUUUUGAAGAAGGAAAGUUCAAAACCGUACGACGAGCGCAGUACAAAGACGAUAGAGCGGUUGUUGCUGCAAUCGUGAAACAUCGGAGCGAAAAGUCAACACAACAUUCAUUACACAAUGAGGUUCCCAUGUACUCGGAGCUCGGAAAACAUCCCAACGUUCUCGAAUUCUACGGCAUGACCAUUGACGAAAAUGGAGAGCUGUGUAUGGUCAUGGAAUUUGCCCAAAGAGGAUCCCUGAGAGGCCUUCUGUUGAAAAUAUCACUGGAGGGCUACAAGGUGGAUGAUCUUGUUUUGGUCUCAGCAGCAAAGCAAGUAAGCCAAGCCAUGGCUUUCAUAGCCAGGCGCGGACUCGUUCAUCGCAACCUAUCGGCACGGAAUGUUUUUGUGUUUCAAUUCGAUCUUCAGGACCCCAGCCAAGUUCUGGUCAAGGUGGCUGACUUGUCAAACAUGGCAGUGGAGUCGGAUAUGGAAGACGCGUCUGAUGACUUCGGUUCCAACCAGGAAUGGAACGUAUGGAUGGCUCCGGAGAUGAUCUCGAAAAGACUCUUCAGUGAGAAAUCAGACGUGUGGGCAUUUGGCGUUACCAUGUGGGAGAUGUGGUCAUAUGGCGAGCUGCCAUACUCAGGCACGUCAGCUGACAUACCCAGCAUGAUCAUCAAUGGCAACAUCCUUCCACAGCCAAGUCAAUGCCCUGGCAUCAUCUAUGUCAUCAUGCAGGAUUGUUGGCAAUCAUCGACCAGCAAGAGGCCAUCCUUUCAAAAACUCGAAGAGAAACUGAAACAAGUC